ACAGACAUGAGUAUGAGUCUGGGAAGAUCAUUAAAGCUAUUCCAUAUAUCAUUGAAUUUUAUGAGGAACUUCUUUCACAAGGUGCCACUCUAAGAAACAAAGAUAUUUUAAUCAAAAAUGCCCUUGCAAAUGAUGAAGUUUUAGCCCAACUAACAGCAGCAGAUGCUUUCUCUUCAUAUCAUAAACAAUUUAUGACUAUGUUAAAAAGUCAUGACGUUUUGUCUGUUGGACCCUACAUUAACAAUGCUUUUCAAUUUUUACAAAAUGUAGAUAAAAAUAAUGCAAGGGAAAUUUUAAAUGGAGAAAAAACGUUAUUCAAUAGCGAGUUCUUGAGAACUGAUGGAAAAAAAUUGUCCAUGCCUGUUGGAGCUCAGUUACUCUCAAACUCACAAAAUAUCAUAGAUAGAGCCAUAGACUAUUUGAUAUCAGGUUGUAACCUGGGUGCUACUGCCCUUAGGAAAAUUUCUCAGGAAUAUUUUGAGGAAGGAAUAUACUAUUCUCCCACUCCACAUAUGAUAUCAAUGUUGAGUGGAAAAGAGUCUCACAGCGACAGAAAUGAAUCUAACCUGGGACAGUAUAGUCAGCAGAGACAAAAAGAGCCAAGUGCUCGUUGGGAUACCAUCAACAGUAAAGUGGCCAUGAGGGCAAAUAAAACUAUUAAUAAAGUCAGAAAAAAUCAGGUUUUACAAAAUGCAAUUAGUUUAACUCGAAAAUUGGAAAGGAAAUAUACCACUGUGACAAUAAAAAAGCAUUUAAAACACAUUUCAGAAAAAAACAAGCCUCAUAGGCAAGCAAAGUUACUAAUUUUUGAACGACAAAAACUUAGCAGGGAAAAUAGGGAAAAAAGACUGGCAAAUGCAAUAUCAUCAGAUGGUAAAUGUGUCACAAAGGGUCAAGUUGAUCUAUUGUUAAAGAAUAAACAUACCCUCCUUGACAAGAAAUUUGCCCUCAAAUCUCAAAUAAAUUAUAUCAAAGCAUCCUUUUAUGAGAGUGUUGAAUUCAAAAGCCUUUUCACCUUUUCUGAAAGAGGUAGAGUACAUACUAUUUUAAAAUUAAAAGAUAACUUAAUUGAGCUACUAGGCCUUGUGUAUGGAGAUAAGAGAAACAUUUUUGAUGUUUUUAAAUAAAUUGAAUGUUUUGUUUCUGUCACUAUCAAAAAGUGACUAUAUGGUGUAAUCACCACCAUUAAUGUUCACCUUUUUUAUUAUCAGGGUAGAUGUACAGCCCAUUCUUAGAACUUAUAGGUUGGUGACAAGGAGGAUUGGCUCCCAGGAUCGAAACUCGAUAUUUUCCAACAAUGAAAACGUCGAAAUGUCGUUAUUUUCUGAAAUUAAAACCGACUAUAAAUUCAAAAUAAACAGUUCAAAAGAUUCGAACCAAUAUCUCGAUCAUUUCUUGUGAGUUUUGGAAUUUUUCGUUUGGAAAUAAGACCAAAAUUCACGAUUUAAAUGUUGAAGUGAACAAAAUGGCGGCUGUUUGAAUUCGAAUUUUGUAUUACGACAUACCCAUAUAUGGGACAGAAUAUCGGUGGUGCACUCUGGGAGCCAAUCCUCCUUGGGUUGGUGACAUUGUUUAAAAUGCAUUCUGGGUGG